AAAAGCAUUCGCCUAAUCUCUCUCCCCCUCUCUCUCUGAUAGAACCUGGGAUUAGGGUUCUAUCGGGAAUUGGGGAUUUAGAUAUUAAGAAUAGAAUUAGGGAUUUGAGAAGAGAAAGAUAGAGAAUCGGCCUAGGCCUUUAGAGAGAUUGGGAACGAGAAUUGAGAGGAUUGGGAGAAUAGGGUUUAGGAAGGCUUUUCUUAAUAUUCUUCUUGACUGCCUGAAUAAAACGCAAAGUACAUAUUUAUAACGAAAGACUGGAAAAACCUAAUAGACUAUCCUAAUAUGACUCAAUGACUACUACCAUAUCUAAUAAUAUCAUAAUUAUAGUAAUUAUGAUAAUAAUGAAUAAACCCGGAAAUUGGGUUUCUAUCAUCCCCUCCCCCUUCAAACCAACCUUGUCCUCAAGGUUGAUCGUCUUAACCCAAAUUUUCUUCCUUCCAGUGCAAUUUGCAAGCUGACUAACACAUUUCUUGCGUUUCCGUUUCUUCCAAUCAUGCUCCAAUUCUACACUCGAGCCUCUUGCGCCAAUCUGCUUGUGUUGAUCCAACUCAUGAAAUUUCACUUCCAUGGGCCCCCUAUUCGCUUCCUUGACAGCUUCAAACUUCAAUAGCUCCUCUCUUAUUGUCAAUCCACUCCCACAACUUAAGGACUCGAGGGGUUCUUGCUUGUACAAGAACUUAUCCUAGAGUACCAUCUCCUCAAGGCCCUCAAAUAUCUUCUUUGGAGCGAGCCCAUAAUUCUGAUUGGUUGCAUCUUCAAUUAAUUUUGGGCUCUGUCCUCUUGGAAGCCCACCAGCUACUCUUCCUAACCCCUCUUCAUUUCCCUCUAAGCCCAUCUUAAUCAAAACACAAUCGAUAUUGGGCUCAACAACUCUUUGCAAAUGCGGUCCAAUAUGCUCAAACUUCGGCCCACUUGCUUGAUUCGACCAGCCCCAAACGAGUCCUACCACAUUCACCUUGUGCUCCCAGCCCACGCAAGCCACUUCUUCCUCCUUCCUCAGACGGCCCGGUUCAACCCACAAAGCAGGCCAACCUCCGGUCCAUCCGGUGGUGUGGAACUGCUGACCCGGCCCACCUCAGUGCUCUACAGCGUCGCCCAGCCCAAACCCGGUGGCCUAGGGCAUGCGGAAGGAGGGACGCCGCUGCCGAACCCUUCCUUUGUCUUCUUCUUUGUCACUUCCUCGUCGGCCGCCUCUGCUUUCGCCGACGAUUCCCUCUUCUCCAACGGUGCAGGCCGAGACGCACCGCCUCCGUCUUCCUUCUCCAUUUUCGGCGGGCCACAGCUCAUCCGACGGCGACGAGGUGAGCCCCGCUCCGCCAUCGCCUUCAACUCCAACGGCGAGUCCUCCACAGGCUCUGUCUUCGACUUCAUCUUUCCCUCGUUCGACAAACUGCUCCUCAGGACGAAGGCCCCAUCUGCUCCUCGUUUCAUCUUCGGCGGCGAAUCCUUCCCCGAAUUCGCCCUUCAGUUCUCCUUCCUUUCCCUCAACGACGCGACGGAGAUCGCCGCCAAUCGCUGCUUCCCGUACGCGAUUCUCAGCUCCGGCACCUCCGCGUCGCGUCCGUUGCCGAUUCCGGCUCCGGGAUCUGUCCCUCAGUUCAUCACCAUGGCGGCGAGUCUCUUCUUAUUCCAGUCCUUCACCUUCUCUUCCACCCCUAAUGACGACUUCUUCAACUUCUCCUCGGAAUCGUCCUUCUGUGGCAGGAAACCGCAUGUCCGACAAACCGAAGACCAACCCAACAUCUCCAUCGUCUUCAGAUCCUUCUGCAUCUCAAAAUUGGAGCCAUCUCCAGGUCUCUUCUUCUUUCUGUACCUCCAAUUAAACCUUCCAAUCUUCACCAGUGGAUCUUCGAUUGAAGCUUCGGGUUCUUGGGACUUCACCUGUGAGGUCUUUGAAGCUGCCACGAAAGUAGGUGUCGGCGUUGGUGACGCUGUGCUCCAAACUGCAGCCACUGUUGGUGAUGAUUGCGACAUCAUUUUAGCCGAAGACAAGGCCUUACCGUUGGUGAUUUGCUGCUUGGCGGUGAUGAUGUUUGGUGUGGCAGCGGCGUCGUUAACGCUAGCUCCAUUUACCACUGCCGUCCCGUCGUCCGCAGCCUCCUCUGUGACUGCCGAGCCGUCAUUUGCAGUCACCUCUGACGAAUCUACCGACCUCGAUUCUGAAUGGAUGUUGGUCGCGCGGCGACGGGCCGCGCGGCGCUCUAGCUUGGCUCGAAGUUCUUCCAGGCAAGCUAUCAUAUAGUUGUCGUGAGCUUCCCUGCGAACUUCAUCUUUUAUUAGGCUAGCUUCACAUUUUACUAGACUGACUUGGAGAGCUUCAAACGUGUGGUAGAAUUUCUUAUAACAAUUCCCUGGUGAGAGUUGUGAUAAACUCAAAUCUGUGACCAUGGCUCUGAUACCAAUUGAUAGAACCUGGGAUUAGGGUUCUAUCGGGAAUUGGGGAUUUAGGGAUUAAGAAUAGAAUUAGGGAUUUGAG